CACCGGCAUAUCAGCAGCAGAAGCGGUAGCACUGGGGUUGCCUCAGUAUGUCCACCCCCCAGCACCGGCGGCGGGCGAUGCUUGCAGCCAGCCGAGCCGCAACAGCCAGCCGGUGGCAGCAAGAGCAGAAGCUGCGGAGCUUCCCGGGUCUUUAACGCCCCGCUUGCUCUUCAGCCGCCGCCAACAACACCUCCUUCUCCAGAGGACAAUGAUAAUGAACUAACCCGGCGGCAGUGGCACCCCUCCCCAUCUGCUCCCACCCACCUCCACGGUUUGAUUUUCCUUUACUGGUCCUUUAAGGUACAGAGGAAUUGGCACACAAUUGCCAUGAAACCUAACUUGAAGCAAUGGAAACAACUAAUGCUGUUUGGAAUAUUCGCAUGGGGCCUCUUGUUCCUAGUUAUCUUCAUCUAUUUCACAGAUAGUAACCCUGCUGAAGCAGUUCCAAGUUCCUUCUCUUACAUUGAGACUAAACGGCUUUUGCCCAUGCAAGGCAAGCAGAGGGUUAUAAUGGGAGCAAUUCAUGACCCAUCCUUCUCUGAAACAAUUGAUGAGAAAGAGGUGCUUCUCAGCAAAGAUGUUUUAGAUUCAUUUAAAUCAGGGACUGGGAGCAUUAAAAAGUGGACUGCCUUAGACGAUGGCUUUGAAAGUGAAGAAGAAUUUUUCCCUUCCCAAUUAAGAAGAAAAUCAAAAAGUGCUUUCUAUCAAAGGGAUGGUGAUUAUUUAUUUGCUGCUGGUCAAACUCUGUCACAGAGCAGUGUUCAACAAAUAGUGAAAUUGAUCUCUGCAGAGGGGAUGGAUCAGAAGAGGAAUGCUUUGCAGGAUAAUUGGCUCCCUCGAAGGAAGAUAAAAAAAGGACAUGCAAGACAUAGGAGAAGCCGAAUCUUUGAAAAGUCUCAUAAAUGGGAUGGAAUACUUUCCACAUUGUCAAAAUCUUUCCUGUACAGGCUUUGGAAAGGGGAAGUAUCCGCUAAGAUGCUGGACCCUCGCCUGCAAAAAGCAAUGAAAGAUUACCUGAAUACCAAUAAACACGGGGUGCAUUUCAAAGGGAAGCGAAACUUCAAGUUGACUUCAGAGCAGCUCUUCUGCGAGCUCAAGGCACGUGUGAACAUCAGUACCAUUGAUGGCAAAGAAGCUCCCUUUUCUGUCCUUGGAUGGGAAAAACAUGUCCCAAAAAUUCCUCUGAGUGAACUAUAUCCACGUGGGUUUGGAAGCUGUGCUGUCGUUAUGUCUGCUGGUGCCAUACUGAACUCUUCUCUAGGAGAUGAAAUAGAUUCCCAUGAUGCUGUUCUGCGAUUCAAUGCUGCUCCAACACGAGGGUAUGAAAAAGACGUGGGAAAUAAAACAACCAUGCGCAUCAUUAACUCCCAAAUUCUUACUAACCCUAACCAUCACUUCACUGAGAACUCCUUAUACAAAGAUGUUGUUCUAGUUGCUUGGGAUCCUGCUCCCUAUUCUGCAAAUCUGAAUUCGUGGUAUAAGAAGCCAGACUACAACUUGUUUACUCCCUAUGUACAACAUCGCAGGAAGAAUCCAAACCAGCCAUUUUACAUUCUACAUCCCAAAUUUAUAUGGCAACUCUGGGAUAUCAUUCAGGAGAACACUAAGGAAAAGAUACAACCCAACCCGCCUUCUUCAGGUUUCAUUGGAAUUCUCAUCAUGAUGUCAAUGUGCAGUGAAGUGCACGUAUAUGAAUACAUUCCUUCAGUCCGACGAACCGAUCUUUGCCACUACCACGAACUCUACUAUGAUGCAGCUUGUACCUUAGGGGCCUACCAUCCGCUGCUUUUUGAAAAGCUGCUGGUGCAGAGGAUGAACAGAGGCUUCCAGGAUGAUCUGUACCAGAAAGGAAAAGUGAUUUUGCCAGGGUUGAGGUCAGUGAAAUGCCCUGAACAAAAUCGAUUCCCAUAGACAUAAGAAUGGACCUUUCUAGAACAAUGUGCAAUAAGAUGCUGCUGUCGUACUAAUAAACAACAACAAAUACUUGAAAAAUGGAUCCUAGACCAAUCUAGUCUUGAGUCUAUAGACUGUAAUUAAGUAGCAGGCAUGGGGUGAGUUCUUUCUUCUGAAGCCUGAGUAUUUAUUAUUGCUUUGCAGAUAGCUUUUUUUAAAGCUUAGCUUUUAAGAGAUGCAAACUACAGUGAUGGCAAACUACAUUGAGUAUUUGUAUUUGGGGUCUGCCAGAAAACAUCAGCCAAUUAUACCGCAUGUGCCAGAUUACUGUCCUUUAGUUUAGACAAGGCAAUUUAAUAGUUAAACCUGGUCUAGUGAAGCAGUCCUUACAGUUAAAUACAAACUAUGGAGAAUUUUUCAGAGAAUCUUUUAAGAUUUUUUCUCUCUUCCCAUGUAUAAAAAGUACAGGUACUGAAUACAAAGAGCCAUAUUUCUUAUUUUAUUUAAACUCUUCAGAUGAUGGAGCUUGGAAUCCUAACUUUAAAACAUUUGUGCUUGACUGUUUUAAUGUGCAUUAAGACUAUACAGCAGUGGAGGCAUUCAAGAAUCAGCUGGGCAGCCACCUGUCGGGUAUACUUUAAUUUGGAUUCCUGCAUUGAGCAGAGGACUCAGUGGCCUUAUAGGCCCCUUACAAGUCUACAUUCUAUGAUUCUGUGUUUGGUCACAUACAUAGAUUGAUGUACAGGAAAGGACGAGAAGCCAAUCUUCAGGCUGCUUCAAAGAACAGCAUGUCAAAAUUUGUUUUUGUGCAGUAUGCUGACACGAGUGUCCAUGUAAGAACAAAGAUAUGUGCUGGAGUUCUGUGUAGGACAAAAUUUGCCAGGUGUUCAUUUAUGCAGACCUGUAGGUUGAUUCUCAUCCAUCAAGUCAUGAUAACUUUUUCCCCAAUGACAGCUACUGCUCUUAGAUGAUGAAAAGUCUACCUGGUGGUAAGCCACCAUGUAGUGAAAGCAUCAAGUGAGUAGUUUGUCACGUGAUAAUUACAAUCCUCAAGGAAAUAACACAGGUUGUGUGUGGGUUAUUUCCAACAAUCAGCCAGGACCAACUUUGGCUAAAUAAAUUGCUCAUAUUGGGUAGUGAACAGUGUAACGUGAGUGCCAUGAUGCCAGAUUUUGGCUCCCCAUGAAAAGAAAUAUGUCAGGUUGUAGUGUAUCUUCUCAUAGAUGGAGUUAUGAUUUUGAAAAAGUUAUUAGCUCCCAAAAUACGCUGCUCGUGCAAGUAGAUGACUCGCGUAAGCCAUCCCUGCCCCAAAAAAGUUGACCUCUGGGUCUAUCAUUGGAGCUUCUUGUGACUUAACUCUGACACAAGGAUGAUUCUUGUUGAUUUUUUUGUAACAAAGAACAAGCUUUUAAAUUAAUAUUUUUGUUUACUGUUACGUUGAAUUGUAACUGUUCUAGCCAAUCCUCCAUAAGUGCAGUGACCAGAGGAAUCGGCAUAGGGCAUAAUACUUUCUCCCGCCUUGGUUCACACAUACACAUGUACAUGCAUUUUCUGGGAAUAGGAGGCUCAUACAUGCCUCCAAUAUCUGUGUCAAGCCCAUCCUGUUACGUUAUAGGGCUGAAUCAAGGUGAAAAUAAAUUCUACUCCUGAGCAGGAGGAGGAGCUUCAGAAAGCUCACCUUUAGAAAGCAGUGUGACUGGGUCCUUCCUAAUUCUUUGCUUCCUGUACCACCAGUAGUGGUGUAAGAACAGAUAUCUUUCUUCAGCAGCUCUCCAUUUAUUUUAUUUUCCAUUCACUGCUCCAGAGCCCAGACACAGUGCCAUUGGGGGGAAAGUGUGAGGAAGAAAGGUAUGGAGGCCAAUGGGACAUGUAGUCUUCCUAACAGUUGCUGCCAUUGCAGUAUUUAUGGGAAACCCAGAUCAAAGGAAAGCAAAUGAGUAGAAGAGAGGAAAGUAGUAAGCAAAGAGGACAUUCAUCAGGUUGUCUUGAGAGCCAAAGAUGUAGCAUAACAGUGUGAGACCAAACCCCUAGUUCCUUGUUGAAGAGCAGCUCAUCGAAAUUCUGAUCCAGAAAUAUUCAAGCAAUGCUUUUGCACUUUAACAUUCCCCUUCAACCACAACUCCAAGUUCCGAAUAGGAGGAUCCUGAUGCUGCUUCUGGCUCAUAAGAAUGUAAGAACUGUUUUGCUGGUCCAUCUUGUCCUAUAUUCUUAUUCCAGCAGAUGCCUCUGGGGAAGUUCACAAGAAGGGCAUAAAGGCAAUGGCAUUCCACUGUUGCUUGUCCCCAGCAUCUGGAUAUAUUGUUAAUGUAUUUCCACACACAGAAUUUCCUUUGGUCUGCUGUGUCAUAACUGCAAGAGAUAUAUCACUUACGAGUUUGUCUAAUCUGUUUUCAGAGCUAUCUCAGCUGAAGUUCAUUUCCAGAUCUUAUUUUCCCAUGAUUAAAAAAUGAGGCAAUGAGUUCCAUCACUUAAUGUGGAUCAGAUUGUUCCUCCAGGCCUGCAUAGUCUCAUAUCAAAUGCAGACUCUUCUGUCUCUUGGAGAAACUGUCGGACACUGAAAAACACCUUUUAUAACAUCUCACCUUGUUGUAGUACAGGAAUGGGGAAUCUGUGACCUCCUGAUGUUGAUAGAGUACACCAUAACUUAGUUAUGGCUUAAUUUAUAUCCCAUUUAUUUCAAUGGGAACUAAGUUCAUUAUUUCUUACAUGGCAGCACACCAAAUACCAGAUACUUUUCUGUAUACUGUCAUUUUUAUCAAGAUUUAUCUAUAGUUGAAUUGCUUGGACAUGUCUUCAAGAAUCCUAAAUUUAUGUUGGUUAUAUGGUAUCCUCUUAAAUGUAACAUAGAAGCACUUCUCGUCUCCAAAACAUGGACUAGCACAAAACUGUGAGUGCUACAGAUCCUGAGUCAUUCUUUAACAAAGUCUGGUUUUCCAUCUCACCAUUUACAUUGUUCUAACUCAACCACCUCAGCAAAUUAAGCUAGUUGUUUAUUCCACUGACUUCAGUGGGGUUUGAAUUGUACACUUUAAAAUAUUAUCCUUGGUUCUUCUUCCGUUAGUAUUCACUUGGCAAAAUUCCACAGAUGAAGAACUCUAAUACAUUUUACUCUAAUGGAAAGGUAGAGCGGAGGGGGAAAUAAGAGACGACUACAUCUUUUGCUUUUUUACAAAAAGUCACAAGUAAAAGAAAGCAUUAGCAAGCGAUAGCUUAUGGAAAGUUCAAACUGUUCAGUUUAAGACAGUAAAUGAAUGUGUAUUAGAUGUUAAACAGAAUUUUGUAUGCUUUUAGGCCAUCUUAUAUAUAUGGGGCAUUUUAAUCCAUCUCAGAUUUAUAAAUAUUCAAUAAAUGUCUGCAACUCCUACUUGCAGUCAGUGAGAAAUCUCACUCUAAAAAAUUAAGAUGUCUGUUUAAAACUUUGCUUUUUUUAAACUAAAACAUUAAGCUACAUUUUUGAAAAAGCAAGGGUCGGUGGAAGAAGUUAGUUUUAAUUUGUUUAGAGAUGCUGAAAGCCUCACACUUUCUCUGCACUGGUGGCUGUACAGAUGAAAAGUUGCACUCAACACUUUGGGUAAGCAUACUUAUUUUCUGUUAUUAUCUGUUACAGUCUACACUUUCCACUGUGAAUUUUUUAAUGUGGUGCUCAAUUUUUUAUGCAUAAUGCCUUCAGAUGAUUUCAUUGAGGUGUUCUCAUGUUUAUUACAGGGAAUUUCUCUGACCUGUUGAGCCAAUCUUUGUUGCUAGACUCUAUUCUAAUAUGUGACUUGGAGGCAUGGCCAGAUACUUGUUAAAUCUUCUCUUUUUUUCCCUCCCCGUAUAACUUGAUUUUGUUAUCAGUGUGAAUUCAUUCACAUAAUUCCCAAAUAUGCAACCUUGCUAAUAGAAGAGGCUACCUUUUCCUUUGCAUGGAAGCCAGCUGUCAAGAAAGAACAGUUUGCCCCCCCCACCCCAGACAAAAAAAUUAAAUUGUGAUGCCCAGGGCUGCCAAGUGAGCCCUAUGGCUGUGUGAGCUCUCAUCCCUAAGUCAGAGAGGAAACACUUACUGGUGUUAUGUAUAUCAUGCAAAAAUAUCUGAAGUGUUAGUAAUGAAAGCUGCAAAAGCUCCAUACUUGUUAAAAAUCACCCUUUCCUUGGCUCAUUAAAUAUAAAUGGAUGUUUUUGAAAAUAUUAUUCAGACUCUAAAUGAUUAUUAGUACUUGAAAAAUCUAGCUAGGAUAUGUUUUUUAUUUAUUUAUUUUAACAAGGUUUCUCUGUCCACAAAUUGAACUCUCACUUUGCUAAUUUUAAAGUUCCUCGUCUUGGGUUGCUUGUGACUGGAUAUUCCCAAACUUAUUCUUACAAAUUUCAAACAUUCAGUCACUUACAUGACAUACAAAACUGCAUUAAACUAUCAAGUGCUCCUUUGAAAAGAAGGCUGCAAUAUAACAAUAAAUGAUGAUAAUUGCCUUCAAACAAACAAACCUUCUUUCCUUUCCUUCUGCUCUACAAUUUGGAGAUAAAAUAGUGCAAAUUUCAACAAAUUUUAAACUGUUCUCAUAGAGAUAGAUGUUAUCCAUACUGCUGCUUUCUGUGCAAAGACAAUACCUGAUUUAACGGUUUAUAUUUUAAGUAUCCCAAUACUCUUAAAAAUUUAUUUAAAAUGUGUUUUUUCUCACAGAUUUCCAAUCUUUAACAUGCUGACAUAAUUUGAAUCUUUGUUGUUAAAUGAUCAUCUGUGCACACGCCUUAUAUUCAUACAUAUCUCAUUUUCUAAAGCUGUAGUCACUGAACUAUUCAAAUAGAAGACUGUGUACUUUUUAAUAGCAUUGAGAAUUAUUUUGUAUGAUAAUUUUUAAGUGAAUGUGCACUCUUUAAGAAAUGAAAGUUUGAGAUUUUCC